AUGUCGUCGAGGCAGGAUGGCUUUAGCGGUGACAACAAACUUGCUAUCAACAAGGCACUGACCUCCAGUGUCGACGACAAUCCUCUCGGGUGGGUAUGUGCGCUGCCAAAGGAGCAGACGGCUGCGACAGCAAUGCUAGAUGAAAUCCAUCCACAUCUACCAAAACCACCAAGCGACCCUAAUACUUACACCUUGGGGUGCAUCGGGAGGCACAACAUCGUUAUAGCCUGCUUACCGAAAGGCCAGUACGGCACGAAUUCAGCAUCGGCGGUUGCAACUCGGAUGGUAGGCACUUUCCCAUCCAUUAAGGUUGGCCUCCUGGUUGGUAUUGGCGGCGGCAUUCCACCAAAGGUCAGACUCGGGGACGUCGUGGUCGGUACGCCCGUUAAUCAGUGUUCAGGGGUGGUCCAGUGGGAUCUGGGCAAGGCAGAAGCAGAGGGUGGCUUCAAAAGAACCGGCGUACUGAAUAACCCCCCGACGGCACUGCUGACGGCAUUGACGAAGCUGGAAACAAUGCAUGAGAUGAGCGGACCCAAGAUAUAUCAGUAUUUGGAUGACAUGGGGCAGAAAUGGCCUAGGCUGAUGCCAAAGUAUACCAGAUGUGAUUCUCUUGUGGAUCCUUUGUCCGGUUCCGACAAUUGCGCUAGAGAAAGCCAACACGGAGAAGGACAUGUGCACUACGGUUUAAUAGCGUCCGGUAACCAGGUUAUCAAGGACGCUCAUUUCCGCGAUAAUCUAAACAAGAGCCUCGGCGGGAAUAUCUUGUGUAUUGAAAUGGAAGCAGCUGGGUUGAUGAACAACUUUCCUUAUGUUGUGAUCCGGGGCAUUUGCGAUUAUGCGGACUCAAAAAAGACCAAAUCUUGGCAAGAGUAUGCUGCAGCUGUUGCAGUGGCGUAUUCAAAGGAGCUUCUGGAGUAUGUCCAGCCAAGCGAUGUUGAUGGGGAGCGCCCAGUGAAAGACAUGCUUGGCGACGUAUUGGAGUGUGUAUCGAGAACCGAGACUAACGUUGAAACAAUGAAGUCGAACUUCGACAGAAAAGGAGAACUUGAUAUCCUUGAAUGGCUUACACCGAUCGACUACGGUCCUCAACACAGUGACAAUCUCAAGAGACGACAGUCAGGGACUGCGCAGUGGUUCUUAGACUCUGCAAUAUACCAGGCAUGGAUGAGCUCAAACAAGCAGAGAUUAUUCUGUCCCGAUGACAUUACUGCCCGAUUCCUACAUGACAAAUCCGUUGGAAUUGCGUAUGUUUACUGUGACUUCCGCCGGCAAAACGAGCAAAGUGCGGAAGCCUUAAUAACAAGUCUCCUAAAGCAAUUAAGUCAAUGCCGGCCUUCCCUCCCAGGCAUUGUGCGCAGCCUCUAUGACCGGCAUAGACAUAGACGGACCCGACGAGAAUUCGACGAAAUUUCAACGACACUCCGAUCUGUGGGUGCUAUGUACUCGAGAGUCUUUAUUAUAAUAGAUGCGCUCGAUGAAUGUCAGACAUCUAAUAACUGUCGAACGAGGUUUAUCAAGGAAAUUCUGAACUUCCAGGCAACUUGCGGUGGAAAUACCUUUGCCACUUCACGAUUCAUUCCACAAAUCACUGAGAGAUUCAAAGACUGCAUGACACUGGAAGUCCGUGCACAUGAUCAAGAUGUUCGGGAAUAUUUAAGAAGUAGGAUAUUGCAAUGUGAAUCGAGGCUGUUGGCCUCCCACAGUGAAGAGAUUCAAACUGAAAUCACGAAAGCUGUCGAUGGAAUGUUUCUGCUCGCACAGCUUCAUUUCGACGCGGUGAAAUCGAAAAAAACCACGAAAAGAGUAAAGGAGGCUCUAAAGGGCCUUGCGAAGGGGUCUGAAGCAUACAAUGAUGCAUACGAAGAUCUGAUGCAGCGAAUUGAAGGGCAGGACAGGGAUUCCCGGAAGCUUGCACACGAUGCUCUAUCGUGGAUCAACAGUGCAACGAGGCCGCUCAAUACAUUAGAGCUUCAACAUGCACUUGCUGUAGAAGCGGAGUCAGAAUUCGACAGAGACAACAUUCCGUUUCUGGAUGACAUCAUCUCUGUCUGUGCAGGCUUGGUCACAGUUGACGAAGAAAGUGAUGUCAUUCGAUUGGUACAUUAUACAGCACAAGAAUUCUUCCAACGAACGUGGACCAGGUGGUUCUCAGACGCACAUCAUGGCAUUGCGACAGCUUGUGUCACAUACCUCUCUUUCGACCCCUUCAAAGCAGGCCCCUGUUCCACAGACAUGGAUUUUGAAGCGCGAUUAGACACAUACCCCCUUUUCUCCUAUGCAGCGAGGAACUGGGGUCAUCAUUUAGUGCUUAAGGAUGGUAUUAGCUGA